GCUAGGAGCGAGGGCGGGCGGGCGAGCGAGCGAGGCCGGCGUCCUCUCUGGAGACGCCCGGGGCCGGGGUCCAAGCUGAGGCGGGACCAACUUCAUCAGCUUGCAGAAACUGUAUUCAUCCAGUGACCCAUGAGGGAAUGAAAAACUUCCACUUGUGGAUUAUUAAGAAGAAAGCAAACCCAGUUUUGAUUUAGAUAUAAUUCUUCUUGUAUGAUGAAUUAAGGGAAAAGAACAUCAAGUCUUCAGGCAUGGAGAGCAGUCUGUCAGUUUCCAAUAUGCAAGACCCUUCCUCCUCUUCUGUGGAAAAGCAUGUCGAUUCAGCUAAUGGGAAUGGAGACCUCGAUUCAGAAGAAGGCUCCAGCUUGGAAGAAACUGGCUUUAACUGGGGAGACUAUUUGGAGGAGACAGGUGCCAGGGCAGCCCCUCACGCAUCCUUUAAGCAUGUUGAAAUCAGCAUUCAGAGCAACUUCCAGCCAGGAAUGAAGUUGGAGGUGGCCAACAAGAACAACCCGGACACAUACUGGGUGGCCACGAUCAUCACCACCUGCGGGCAGCUGUUGCUGCUGCGCUACUGUGGUUACGGGGAGGACCGCAGGGCUGACUUCUGGUGUGACGUGGUCAUUGCUGAUCUGCACCCCGUGGGGUGGUGCACACAGAACAACAAGGUGUUGAUGCCCCCAGACGCAAUCAAAGAGAAGUACACAGACUGGACAGAGUUCCUCAUACGUGAUUUGACUGGCUCUCGGACAGCGCCUGCCAACCUACUGGAAGGUCCUCUGCGAGGGAAAGGCCCUAUAGACCUCAUUACAGUUGAUUCCUUAAUAGAACUUCAGGAUUCUCAGAACCCUUUUCAGUACUGGAUAGUUAGUGUGAUUGAAAAUGUUGGAGGAAGAUUACGCCUUCGCUAUGUGGGAUUGGAGGACACUGAAUCCUAUGACCAGUGGUUGUUUUACUUGGAUUACAGACUUCGACCAGUUGGUUGGUGUCAAGAGAAUAAAUACAGAAUGGACCCUCCUUCAGAGAUCUAUCCUUUGAAGAUGACCUCUGAGUGGAAGUGUGCUCUGGAAAAAUCCCUUAUUGCUGCUGCAGAGUUUCCUCUUCCAAUGGAAGUAUUUAAGGAUCAUGCAGAUUUGCGAAGCCAUUUCUUCACAGUCGGGAUGAAGCUAGAGACAGUGAAUAUGAGUGAGCCCUUUCACAUCUGUCCUGCAUCAGUGACCAAGGUUUUCAACAAUCAUUUUUUUCAAGUGACUAUUGAUGACCUAAGGCCAGAACCUAGUACACUCUCAAUGCUGUGCCAUGUGGAUUCUUUGGGGAUUUUGCCAGCACAAUGGUGCCUUAAGAAUGGAGUCCAUCUCACUCCUCCCAAAGGAUACUCUGGUCAGGACUUCGACUGGGCAGAUUAUUACAAGCAGCAUGGGGCGGAAGAAGCACCUCCCUUCUGCUUCAGAAAUACAUCGUUCAGUCGGGGGUUCACUAAGAACAUGAAACUGGAAGCUGUGAACCCCAGGAACCCAGGAGAACUCUGUGUGGCCUCUGUGGUCAGUGUGAAGGGGCGGCUGAUGUGGCUGCACUUGGAAGGCCUGCAGACCCCUGUUCCAGAGGUCAUUGUUGAUGUGGAAUCCAUGGACAUCUUCCCAGUGGGCUGGUGUGAAGCAAAUUCUUACCCUUUGACUACACCCCACAAGACAGUCUCACAAAAGAAGAGAAAGAUUGCAGUUGUACAGCCAGAAAAGCAAUUGCCAUCCACAGUGCCUGUUGAGAAAAUACCUCAUGACCUUUGCUUAUUCCCCCACCUGGACAUGACAGGACCUGGCAAUGGGAAGUACUGCUGCCCGCGGCUGUUCAUCAACCACCGGUGUUUCUCGGGCCCAUACCUGAACAAGGGCCGGAUCGCGGAGCUGCCGCAGUCGGUGGGGCCCGGCAAGUGUGUGCUGGUUCUUAAGGAGGUUCUUAGCAUGAUCAUCAACGCAGCCUAUAAGCCUGGAAGGGUAUUAAGAGAGUUACAACUGGUGGAAGAUCCAUACUGGAAUUUUCAGGAGGAGACACUGAAGGCAAAAUACAGAGGAAAAACCUACAGAGCUGUGGUCAAGAUCGUGCGAACCUCUGACCAGGUAGCGAACUUCUGCCGACGCGUGUGUGCCAAGCUAGAGUGCUGUCCAAAUUUGUUCAGCCCGGUGCUGGUUUCUGAAAACUGCCCAGAGAACUGCUCCAUCCACACCAAAACCAAAUACACUUAUUAUUAUGGAAAGAGAAAAAAGAUCAUUAAACCCCCAAUUGGAGAGAGUAACAUUGAAAGUGGACAUCCUAAACCAUCCAGAAGAAGAAAACGACGAAGAUCCAUCUUUGUACAAAAGAAACGGAGGUCAUCCGCUGUGGACUUCGCUGCAGGCUCUGGGGAGGAAAGUGAAGAGGAGGACGCAGAUGCCUUGGAUGAUGACACUGCUAGUGAGGAGACUGGCUCUGAGCUCCGAGAUGACCAGAUAGACAUCUCCUCAGCAGAAGUGCCCUCAGCACGGCCCCGGAGGGCUGUUACUCUGCGGAACAGCUCAGAGCCCCCUCGCCGGGCGCCCGUGGAGAGGGCACGAAGGGGCCGUCCGGUGCCCGCUACUCCCUCUGCUGAGGAUGGGGACAAGGGUCCACCUGCCAAGCCUGAAGGCCCAGAGGACAUGAAACAGGAGGACGAGGAAAGGCUCGUCCUGGAGAGCAACCCACUGGAGUGGACAGUCACCGACGUGGUACGGUUCAUUAAGUUGACAGACUGUGCCCCCUUGGCCAAGAUCUUCCAGGAGCAGGACAUUGAUGGCCAGGCGCUCCUCCUGCUGACUCUUCCUACUGUGCAGGAGUGCAUGGAACUGAAGCUGGGACCCGCCAUCAAGCUGUGUCAUCAGAUUGAGAGAGUUAAAGUGGCUUUCUAUGCCCAGUACGCCAACUGACCCUCUCCAAAAGUGGCCCAUUGCCUUUGCAGUUUAAUAUUUGUGAAGGGUUUCAGGACUGAUAUUUUUAUUUUUCUGGGAUAUGUGAAAUAGUGCAUCCACUAUGUAUCACCAGAAAACCAGAAGCCAAGGACCUCGUUCAUUCACCAGCCUGUUUGAUGUUUCCAUCUUUUUAAAGCACAGUGAAGCACCACAGCCAUGACUUCAGGGGAGUGGAUUACAGUCCUGCAUCAGACUCUGCCAGGCAUAGGAAGAGCUUCUUCUUAUGCCCACAGUUCGCCUUUCUCCCACCCUAAACCAGGCAGCUUCCUUUGAGUAAGGUUUCUUAAACUGAGGCCCACAUUCUCUUAGAACUAAGUUGGGCAAAGUUGACGUCCUCGGAAAUAUGACCAAGAAAGAUACAUGAUCCCUUGCUGGUAUUUUUUGCUAUGCUCCUUCUCAGGCAUAUUUGUAGAUGUGCCUCACCCAUGGACACAUGUGUAUCUCUUUGGUUGGAUCUUGGUGGCAGCUCCUUUCUCCGAUGCAAGUCAUGUUUGAGGGUAUCAUUAUAAAACACUGUGGUGAACCUUUGUCCUCAGAGGUGCCUUUCAGGAAGAAUGGGGAACCUUGGAAGCUGGCACCAGGAAGUAAUGAGACAAUGGUUCCCAAGUAACUGAAGUUGGAGCACCUAUGGAGAUUCUUCUACUAAAAAACCACAGUAUCCUAAUUUAAUUGUAACCAGAUCAAGGAGUAACUACUACAGGGAAAUAUCGACUUGGAAGAAGCGGUUCAUCAGUUAGCCACAUCUCCUUAGCAGGAUCAUUGCAGCAUGUAGCUGCAAACUAGUCUGUGCAUCCCUUCUGCUCCCCUUGGCCUGGCCUAGAUACACGUGUCCAGCCCGCAUCAGCAGGCAGGGCCCUGGCCAAGUGCAGCAGAGCGUGUCCCGGCACUGCAGUGAGCUGCUUCUCAUUGUGGCCUCGCUCAUGCCCAGCCUGUGAUCUCGGGCACCUUUCAUCACUGCACCUCAGCCCCGUGAAAGGAUGGGCAUAAGCUUUUUGCAGUGUAGCAGCAGGCAUCUGUCUCCCUUUGCCUCCUUCUCACCUAUGCUGGAAGGAAAGUUCAGGUUGACCAAAAGGAGAAAAAGAAAAGAGAAAGAGAGAGAGAGCGAAACAAAAAGAAGCAUCCAGCGAGUCCUGCAGCUGACAGAAUGUGUGCGGUUGCUUGUGAAGUCCCUUAGGCACCAGUGUCAAAUCAGCUAAGAUACCUGCAGGCAGAUCCGUGGCUUUAAGAAGUGGUGGCCUUUGAUGCCCUGCACUUCACCUGCGUGCUUCCUGAGGGGUUCAGCCUGUCCAUGCAAACCCAGAAGGACCGUUCUACUUGGUGGUUGCCUCGCUGCCUUUUUUAAAUGGACACAAGGACACCAAGCAUUUACUUUGUUCUGAAGUGGACACUCAGAGACACCUUACACCUGGGCUUUUUGUUGUUCUUUGUUUUGUAUAAUUAGGUUGAUCUUUUUCUUUCAUUAGAGUUUCAGUCUUUCCAGUGACACGGUGUGAUGGGUUUAUUAGCUGUUCCUGUGUGUUAUUUAUGCCAAGCUUAACAUUCUGUAAUAGCUGCAGGUGAACAUGAAAAACAGAUGUUUUGUGGUGGGAACUUUAUAGUCUUCCCCACAGCAGAUUUCUGUAGUCUGAGGGAAUGAAUCUGACUGGGCACCUUGAUGGGAGGCGCUUGUCCUGUGUGAUGUGAGGAUAGGAAUGUCCUGACAACUCAUGGUUGGCCUGCAGUUAUUUAACUCCUGUCCAACCUAAAAUGUGACUUUCUUACCUCCCUCUCCCUGCCUUCUAGCCAUAUGCUUUUGGCCUUAAAUGCUUAGUCCUGUGGCACUAACUUGCCCAACAUCAGAAAGCAUACCCAUUUCAAGAUCUGUGACAUUUUGCCUGUACUCACUCCUUUAUGAUCCUUCACUGUGGCCUUUUCAAUCUAAGCUGGUUCUGCUGUGUUGGAUGUGAACAUGAGGACAUGAGGCAGCUACAGCUUGGUAUUAUGCUUAGAGAAUCAGUGUCAGUUUUCUGUGCUCUCUCCAGUAAUGGCAUGGAGGCAGAGGUGCUAAUACAUCAGCAGUCUAGGAGUCUCCUUAGUCUCGGCAGAGACCCAGACCACUGCACGUGAGCAAGCCCGAGCAAGAUAUGCUACCAUUGCUGGAAGAAAGAAACCUUUUCCUUCCCAUGGUGCUGAAUGUCCAAGACUGUUCUUAGCCUUCAUUCUUGCAGUUUAACUCAUUUUUCUCCCUGGAUAGUGUCAACCACUUUGUGAACUUCAGCUUUGUAUACAUAUGGCAGCGAGGAAACGGCUGCACCCAGAGCAGAAGAAUGCCAGGCACGGGGGCAACCUGAGCCUUCUUCCCAGCCCUCGCAGAGAGCUGAGAAGCUUUGCAGAAUCAAAGUAAGCUGCCAGUGUCUCCCUGGACAUGGUUUCUUUGGGCAUUCCACCACUGUGGGUGUACUUCUUGACAUCAGCAUCCAUUCUGUGACAGAACUAUAAAGUAGUUUUCACUUCUUUCUACAUUCACUUUCUCCUAGCUUCCUUCCUAAAGAUAGAGAUAGUGUCCAAGGAGGAUUGUGCCAUGUUGUGUCCCUGUUGCUUUGGCAAAUAAAAUAGAUUCGAUACAUACAUUCCAUGCUGCCACACCCCAUGAGCCAAACGUUUCAUGGUCUAAACACCAACAAAUGCUGCCCAUCCCUGGAUGGUGCCAUUUCUUUGAUCGUCUUUUGAGUCCAAAGGCCUCUCUUUUAAACAACUGGGCAGGGUGCAUUGUGCCACUCAUUACCUCCUGGACCUGGCUGAGCAGGCACCUUGUAGCCAGCACUGUGUGUAUAGCCAAGAAACAGAAAUGUCACUUCAGUGUUAGUAAUGAGAGCCCACUGCUCACUUCUGCCCCCAAACUACUUCCUGACUCUGUUUAUGCUGUUGUACACACAUAUCCUGUCUACAGAAAAAAAUAAGCAAAAUUCCAGCCUGAACAGGGAACUACAGGCAUUACAAAACUUCUUUGCUUUUCUACAGCAGUUCCUUUACCACAGAGCUCCAUGGAGAACUCAAGUUGUCAGUUUAAAAAUUAAAUUCCUUUGAUCAGAGUUUGAGUCACUCAUAGUAUUUGAUCUGUACAGCUACUUAGAUCCCUCUACUUUAUUUGAUCAUAUUCAAAGAUCAUUUCCUGUGUGUUCACUUUGAUUUGUUCCUCAAUAAAUUAAAAUGAUCCGAACCUUCACACUGCCAUUUCUGACCUUUACUACAAUCUCAAGAAAGUUGAUUUUGAUCAGCCUUUUGAAGAUCAGUCUGUUCCCUAAUUUAUCAUAGAAUUUUGUGAGGCAAGUACUGAAUUUGCCUUCUAGUUUUCACCAAACACCCUUUAUAAAAGCUGUCCCUCUCUUAGUGUUGCAGCACUAGGGGUUUUCAUACUGGUUUUGUAUUUAUUUCUGUACAUAAGACUAAAACAAAACAAGGAGUGUUAAGGUCUUUGUUGUGGUUUGACAUCAUUGCUGCUUUGGUUUACAAUGGUGAAUGUAGGCUCUAAUUACUCUAUAUUCUUUAGAAAUGUGUUCAAGGAGGAUUGUGUUGUGUUGUGUCCCUAUUGCUUGUGGCAGAGAAGAUGGAUUCUAUACAUACACUCCAUGCUGCCACAACCCAUGAGCCAAAUGUUUCUUGUUCUAAACACCAAGAAAUGAUGCUCCGUACCUGUUGGUACCAUUUUUUGAUCUUCCUUUUGAGUCCAAAGUCCUCUCCUUUAUACAACUGGGCAGUGUCUUUAGAAAGCCGUGAUUGAGUGUGCAAUUAUUUGAAAGAAGAAUAGUAAAUAAAGCUAUGUGUAGUUUUUAAGGUAUACAUUCUGUCUGUGUCUUUCGUGCAAUAACUAAAUAAUAAAGGAAAGCUAUAUUCAUAUUGGCAACUAUUACAAUUUAGUAAUUCUCUUAACUCUGCUUUUAUGGAAAUUACUCCCUUUGACUUGGUAUAAUUUUAAGUUGUCUAAUUCUCAUAGCUUUUAUCAGAAUGACUUACUGGUAUCUGAAACAUGCUAUGAUAAAAUCAAAUUGUUCUACUUGUGAACCGUUUACUUAAAAAUUGUUAAUUGCUGAUAUAUGGCACUGUCUUGGGCUUUGGUUAAAGCCUCUCUAGUUUAAGUGAUAAAUAACAACGCCAACAAUUUUCAGAGCUGGAAUUUUACUGGAUUUGUAGCCUGCGGCCAGCCUUCAGCACCAGUGAGAUGUAGACCAUGUCACAACAAGGCACCAGCCGUGCUUCAUGAGGACUGAAGUGCACUGAAGAAAAAGGAAAGAUUUAGGACAAUCAGUUGCUGAGAAACCACCUUAAGAGGGGAAACUUGAGGCAUUUUUUUUUGAGUUACAGCAGAAGGAAUCAUUUCACUUCUUGUUCAGAAUGGAAGCUAGCAUGAUCUCUAGAAGCAUAAACUGUCCCUAGUUGUGAAUGUCAGGAGCCCUUUAAUUGUGUUGCAUUCCAAUAGUUUGUAUUGAAAUUUGAUUCAUAUCUUGUGUGUUUUGGUGCAUAAAAGGGAAAAACUGGUGUCUUGAAAUUUGCAGGACAGAAGGCAUGCUGUUAGUUUGUUGUAAGAUGGUAUUCUGUAUAUAUGUUUUCAUGUAAAUAAAUGAAAAUCUAUAUCAGAGUUAUAUUUUAAUUUUUAUUCUAAA